GGUAGCUGUGUCUUGAUCCUAAUUCACCAUGUUUCUCAGUAACAAUAUAAUAGUUUUACCGCAGACUUAACCAGUGCAGUAACAGUAUUGAUAUAGAUAAUCCCCAAUCUUUAAAAUUUUCCCAGGAGCAAAGACAACGCGGGGAAAUAGUGUUUUUGAUUCCCAGAGGAGAGAAGCAUCUGUGGUGGCACCGUGGCAGGGACACUGGGUUGUUAUCGGUGAUGGUGCUGGAGCGUGCAUCGUAGAGCCCUUGUGUCGGUGUAAAAGUAACGCUUCACUGUUUAUUUCGAACCUUGAGAGUGUUGCCGUGGAUCAGAACAGGACAGCACAGGGGGUAGGCAGUGGUGGUCCAGGCAGUGAUGGAAGGAGAAGAGAUGUAAUCUUGCCUCACUGCACCACACUAUUUGCCGCACACCACACUGACAUGAGUUAGCACUCCAUGUCACACCACAACUGCCGCCAUGAACAAGCUGAAGCUGCAGAGUCACCAGAAGAACUACAGGGAGGAGGACCUGCUGGUGAAUGUGAAGGAUCUAGGGCCAGAGGUGAAGGCAGGUGAUGUCAUUGAGAUCUACCACCCUGAAGAUGAUCUGCCUCGCCUUCUCCUCAAGAUUCCCUCCACCCUCGAGGACAUCAACCUCCAGAAGGACACCAUUAGCAUCGAGCAGAGCAUUGCUGCCACCUUCCAACUGCGGAACUACAAAGAUGUCAUCGUGAACACCGUGGAGCCCAAGGCGGUAGCGCUGGAGUUGGUGGAGCUGACAUUCAAGGACCAGUACCUCGGCCGCUCAGACAUGUGGAGGCUUAAGAUGCACAUGGUGAACUCAGUGGUGUACCUCAACAAGAAGAUUGAGUUCUGUUCUGGCAGCAUCCGCACACAGGUAUACGAGAUGUGGGCCCAGGGUGGCAAGGUGGCCUGUGGAGUGGUCACGGAGAACACGAAAGUGGUGUAUCGUUCCUCCACCAGCAUGGUCUAUCUCUUCAUCCAAAUGAGCUCCGAGAUGUGGGACUUUGACCUCUAUGGCGACCUGUACUUUGAGAAGGCUGUCAGUGGGUUUCUGUCCGAGCUCUUUGCCAAGUGGAAGAAGGAGAGCAGCAACCAUGACGUGACCAUUGUACUGUUCUCCCGCACCUACUACAAGGCCACCAGCAUUGACGAGUUCCCCACCUACAUGAGGGAGUGCCUGCAGGAGGACUACCGUGGAAGGUUCUAUGAGGACUUCUACAGGGUGGCAGUGCAGAAUGAGCGCUACGAUGACUGGUCUGCCACCCUGACACUGCUGCGCCGCAUGUUCAACAGUUACCUGCCCAGCGUCCUGCAGCACCACCACCAGCCUGGCGUCACGGUGCCCGAGGCUGUCAACUCCUCAGCCUCGCAAGGGAACUUUCUCGAGGUGCUCAAUAUUUCACUCAAUGUGUUUGAGAAGCACUAUCUGGACCGGAGUUUUGACCGCACUGGACAGGUGUCGGUGGUGGUGACGCCGGGAGUGGGGGUGUUUGAAGUGGACCGCGAGCUCACCAACAUCACCAAGCAGCGCAUCAUUGACAACGGCGUGGGCUCAGACCUGGUGUGUGUCGGGGAGCAGCCUCUCCAUGCUGUGCCACUGCUCAAGUUCCACAACAAGAAGGGUGGAGUGAAUGCAGAUGACUACAGCAUGCCACACACCUGGAUCAACCUCAGCUUCUACUCAUCCAAGAAAAAAAUUGGCUAUGGCACUUUCAUCCCCCGCAUUAAGCUACCACCAGAGAAGCCCAAGACAUCAAAGAGGGAACGGCCGGACUGCCUCGCCUCGGCCCCCUGUAUGAAGCCGGCCCUGCAAGACACAGCACUGCCCAACUCCAUCUUUGAUUAUGACUCCUAUGAUGCCCAGGUGUUCAAGUUGCCAAGUAGCCACAACAAUAAGGCAUACCGCAGCCUGCAGCGCCCCACCACCAGGAAGAAGGCACCACAGGGCCACCCACCCUCCUCCUCCGUGCAGCCUAUCACCCGUGUCACCCUGCACCGCAAACUGUCUGACCCUGAUCUGUACAGUGGAGUGGAGCAGAUCUCCACCUCCCUAGUGCCCAUGGGGAGUGGUGUGGGGUCGGUGAUUGACAAGUCCCCGGCCAUCAACAUCCCAGCACGCAUCACGGAAAACAAGAUGUACUCGCAGUCCUUUGGCGCUCUCAAUGUGGAAGGAGUGCAGCGUCCCUGCACACAGGCGCUGUACGAGGGAGAUGAGACGUCCCCCUCACACUCUAAGGUGGGGUCAAGCAACGGUGCCUCACCCUGCGAGAGGACACAGCUCACCAAGAACAAGCCGGUCAGCACACACCGGCCCGGGAGGUCACUCAUCAACCCCUUUGACCCAUCCCACAUGACCAUCAAGCUCACCUCAAACAGAAGGAGAUGGAUUCAUAUAUUUCCCAAAGACCAGACCGGUGUCUUGAUCCAGCAGCAUCACUACCAGGUGAGCAGCCGGGCUAGAGGCAACAAUUCCUCCUCCUCACCGCUGCCAACACCUGACGGGGACACCACUUACCUCACACACCUCCACCACCACCACCACUUUGCCUCCACACCCACCAAGAAUGGCCCAGCUUCUCCCAGUGCUGAGUUUAGGAUGUACAACGGCUCAGGCAUGGUGGAGGUGAAUGGUAUGCGUCCCCGGAACCUCAACACUCAGCACAGUCAGGAGAGUAUCAAUGGAGUGAGGAGAGAGAGUAGGCCACGCACCACCUCCCAGAACAGUUCCCUCGCUUCUGUGGACAUCACUCUGCGCGGUGCUGGCACCCCACAGAAGGCUGGAGGGGCAGGAGUGGGCGGGGGGCUGCGUUUGGUCGGGGGCGUCAACUCUGGCAAGGCUAAGUUCCCCGCCACUCUGAUCUGGGGAGCCACGGGAGAGCAGGAGUGGAAUGCUGGACUUACUACAGGAGUGGACUGGAAGAGCCUGACGCUGCCGGCCUGCCUGCCCAUCACCACGGACUACUUCCCCGAGGAGCAGUCCCUCCACAACGACUAUGUGGUGGCUGACUAUAACCUGCUGGUGGACGAACCUGAGGAGUCCGUGCGCAGACCACUCACCACCAAGAUGGUCUUCCUUGAAUUGGUGUCGCAACGGCUGGCUCAGGGAUUCCAGAUGAUAAUGCUGGCAGAGAGAGGCGGCGUCGGGGGAGCGGGAGGAGGGGAGCUUGUGUCGGGGAGUGCUUCCAGCUACUCUGGGGUGGGAUCCUUCAUUCGCAACCGCAGCCGCACCCACCACAACACCGUGACGCAGGAGUACCGCCUCUCUAUUGGUCGUAUUUUCCACAAGAUUCUUCUGUAUGGCUCCACCAUCACUGUUACUAUCUACAGACCCCGACACCCGUACCCUCAGCUGAAGCGUCAAUACAAGUACAGGUUCCGGGCGCCUGAGAUGAGCAGUUAUGAGGUGUCCUGGGUAGACUUCAGGACAGAGCGCCUCGAGACCUACAUGUGGAACCACCUCGACAACUACAUCUGCUUCCGGGGCGAGUCUCCAGAUUACCCACUCAUUGAGCCCCUCAAGUUCUGGCGGUUCCGAGUGCUGCUGGUGGGUGACUGCUUCAGAGGCCCCACACGGUCCAUCCUGGAGACUGACACACUGACUGACAUCUAUGGGAGGCCCAGCCUGGAUGAGCAGCAGGAGACAAUAGAAGGCUUCCUCAGGUUCCUGGAGAUCACUGUGCACCGCCUCAAGAAACCAGUCAACGCACGCAAGUCCCGGAAGGUGGGGGGAGGGGGUGCCAAGGGUGGGGGGGUGUUUGGGCGUCGCCACAGUCUGGCAGCGCCCAGCCUCCCCUCCUCAGGCACCAUCUUCACUGUGACCACGCCCUUCACCGCCACCGCUGCUGCUGGGUCCAGUGGCCAGAAUGUUGGUGGCAUACGGGAGAGGCUCGGAAGUAACCGUGUGCUGGAGCGACCACGACCAAGGGCAGGUAGCAGGGCAUCAGAGAGGCUGCGUUUCGAGGGUGGCUCGGCGCGGGAGGUGCACGCUGACCCUCCUGAGAUGAAGAGCUUGGUGGAGCCAGAGGAGGAGGCCAAGGAGGAAGGGGAGAACAAGAAGCUGGCACUGGGGUCCACACUGGGAGAGGUGGCUGAAGUGAUGAAGGACCCAGUGAGGGGCGUGUGUCUCCUGCAGCGACAGCCCUGCCUGCCGGCCCUCACCUUUGUGGCUGGCGACGCCACGGCCUGGGUGUGUGACCACGUGGAGGGGGCCGCAUCAGAGACUGCUGCUGUGGAACUCCUGCAGAAAAUGGUGAAGAGUGAACUAAUUUGCCAUGCCUCGGGGAACAAAGACCAUCCCUUCGUGCACGGCUUCUUCCUCUACUUCUUCGUCACUGGGAACAAAGAGCAAGACCAGGUGAGCCUCGACCAACUGUCCUUCCUCAAUGAGUGGCAUCAGGUGGAGGUGGAGCCGCUUCCCUCGCCACCCCGCCAGGUGCCCUCCACACCCCCGCCCUGUCCCACCUUCCUUCAGGCCGACCUGCCGCUGCCCAUGCCCCGCAGAGGACGCUUCAAGUUGUACCGCACAGGACACUUGGAUCUGGACUGCAACAACAGGAGUGACCGUAUAGAAUGGGGCCACAUCAAGUACCACUCAGUCUUCCACCCACAGCAGGCAUAUGAAGUCAUCGUGCAGUGGCUGUGUGCGACGGGGACCAUUGUGACAGACCUGAUGGUGACAUGGCAGAGGAAGGCACAGGCAUGCGGGCUGCACCUGUUCCCUGUGCCAAGCGACCCCUUUGCUCUGCCUUACUCCUGCAACUCAGACCCCCUGCGUGGCCCCAUCCUAGUGCCCCUCAAUGUGUCCUGCUUCACCCUGCCUGGCUCGGAACCCUUUGCACAGUUCCCGGCAGACACUUGGGGCCGCCGCAUGCAUCUCUUCCAGGAGGCAAUCUUGGAGAGGUUCGGGUUUGUGCCAUACGUGACUGACACACACACCACUGACCCCAACCAGUUUGUCCACGUGACGGGCAAUAUGUUCAUUAUGAUCCACUCCCCUGGCUCCUGUGCCCUCCCCUACACCCCAGAGCCCCCCACCCGUACCCGGACCUUCUCUACCUCCUCCGCCUCGCAGCUCAACCAGGCUGAAAUGCUCUAUGGAGUGUCCAGCCCACAUGUCGAGUAUUUCCACCGCUUGAUUGCUGACUUGUAUUCCCACGAGAUCAGCGAGCACCAGACUGUGGUGCAGUGGAACCAUGCGUGCUUUGGGGGCCGAGGAGUUUCUGAGUGCAUGGUUUCGAAUCCUGGCUAUGGUGCGAGUGUAGGGUGGGCUUCCUUACUCAGAGUAGUGUUUCCCUAAUGGAUGGGCUUUCAGAUAGGAUGUCUCCUUUAGCCUGUAAAUUCCCGUGAAAAGCCCAUAUUGUAGGGGGAAAAAAGACUACUGUGAGAAAUGGUUUGCUUGCACACAAAAGGGAAGAGAGUGUGGGAAGUUGAUGUUUUCUGUAAGGGGUAAUCAUUAUUUCAUUUGCUAGCUAACCAACAAAAGUAAUUCAGUGGUGUUCGGAUUAUUUGGUCAAUUCUGGUUGCUGCUUUUUAUUUUGGAAGGGAAUAAAAGCUUGGAACUGGUGAAUUAAGUGAAUCAAAUCCAGUGUAAAUUAAGAGUCAGAUCCACAGUGUAAAUUAAAGAGUCAAAUCCACAGUGUAAAUUAAAGAGUCAAGGCCACAGUGUAAAUUAAAGAGUCAAAUCCACAGUGUAAAUUAAAGAGUCAAAUCCACAGUGUAAAUUAAAGAGUCAAGGCCACAGUGUAAAUUAAAGAGUCAAGGCCACAGUGUAAAUUAAAGAGUCAAAUCCACAGUGUAAAUUAAAGAGUCAAGGCCACAGUGUAAAUUAAAAAGUCAAAUCCACAGUGUAAAUUAAAGAGUCAAGGCCACAGUGUAAAUUAAAGAGUCAAGGCCACAGUGUAAAUUAAAGAGUCAGAUCCACAGUGUAAAUUAAAGAGUCAAGGCCACAGUGUAAAUUAAAGAGUCAGAUCCACAGUGUAAGUUUAGAGUCAGAUCCACAGUGUAAAUUAAAGAGUCACAGCCACAGUCACACUCUUGUUGAUGUUUGAUUUUUGUGUAGUAUUCAUUGAUUUUGUAUUUAUUUUGUUUCACUGUUUGUUAGUUUGUUUAUAUAUUUAUUCACAUUCUAUUUUUUCAUUUAUUCAUUUUCUCUUCUUUGUUUUUUUAUUUGUUCUGUUCCACCUAUCUGUUUACUUGUUUGUAUAUUCAUUCACUUACUUUUUGUUUUUAUAAUCCCUUUUCCUGGAGAUGUCAACCUGUUAUACCAAUGAUAAUAACAAUAACAACAAUUACAAUAACACACUACUAAUACUUAAGACCUCACAAGAAAAUGAUAACACACAAACACCACUAAAAGAGUAAUGAAAAUAAACUCUUGUAAAUAAUCUCAAUAUAUAAUUCUUUUUAACUUUAUUACUUCACUAAACUCCCAAACACAAACCGUCAGUAAAGAAUGAGGCUUAACAUAAAUCAUAACAGGGUAGGCAGGGCAACAGAAUGUGUGGAGUAAGUGAAGUGAACGGCAGACUGGAGGUGGAGUGUUGGGAAAUAUUAUCUUUGAAGGUCUUUCCCCGUGUUGGUUAAUAGUGUUCCAUAAGGCGUGUGUUAGUCAAGGUCCUUCUGUGGUUGGUAAUACUGUGCAGGUGUGAUGAAUAGGAGAGGUGUUGCAGGCAGGUGUGUUCUCUGUUGUGAGUUGAGUCUAAGAGGUAAGUCGUGUGUGUUGUGUUGUGUUGCGCUGCUUGGUUGGUGGUGCUUGUAGUGAUGAGUGUUUUUGUGUUUCUUGUGUUGGAAUGUGCUUGUAUUGCUUGUGUCUUGCUGGUGUGUUUGUCUGCCUUCUUGCUUGCUUGCUUGUUUGUUUUUCAUUUUGUUGUCUACACACUUUUUCUUGUUUCUACAUACAUCUCUUUGGGCAUUUUUUCUCCUCUCUCAUCCUUUCACACUCAUAUCCAUCUUUUUAAUUUCCACAUACUGUCUUUCUGUCUCUUUCAUACCUCUUCUUUAGCACACUGUGUCUUUCUUUCCCCAGUCUCAUCCUGUCACACUUUUCAUAUCUCUCUCUCAGUCUUCCCAUCUUUCUUUCCCUCUUUUAUCCUUUCACACUCAUAUCCACGUUUUUAUUUUGCAUACACUGUCUUUCUGUCCCUUUCAUGCCUUUCCUUUAGCACACUGUCUUUCUUCCUCCUACUUCAUUCUAUCACACUUUUCAUAUCUUUUUCUCUUCUUAUCUCAGUGUCUUUCACACCUCACCCACUGAUAUUCUUUCAUAUCUCUUUCCCUCAGCAGUUUUUCACUUCCCAUCUCACACAGUCUUUCAUCAUCUUUCACAUCCUUCCACUAUUCUACAUUUCUCUCUUUAAGAAUUUUUUUCCCUUCUCACCAAUCAAAGAAACACCAUCUCUACUCUUUUCAUGCACUUUCUUUCAGCACACACAUACAGUCUUUCUCCUCAUCUCACUCCAGCUCAUCUUCAGGUAACCAAAAGCAACUUCACAUCACAGACACACACACUUCCCUUACACAUUCAGAGCACACACUGUUUCUCAGGUUAAGUUAAGGGGUGGUACAGCUCCUCCUCAGUUUGCAUUCAUUGAUAUUGUGUUCUGUAGCCUUGGUGAAGAUCAUGAGAGGGAGAGUUUGAGAAGAGGUAUUAAGUUUAGAUAGUUAGAUGGUAUAUAGUAAGGGAGGUUUAUAUUAUUUACCUCUUGUCUUUCCUUAGCAUGAUGUAAAGGCUUGAUAGAUUUAUAGAUAGAUAGAAUACAGUAGUUUUGUAGAUAAAUUAAUGGAUAACGAAUAGAGAAGAGAAAUGUUAUGUGAAAAAUAGAAUAGUAUAUGCUAACUUUCCGACUGAAUCAUGUAAAAGAAUAAAAGUAGAGAUCAGGAAAGAGUGGUUUUAGAGGUGAAUGUUUAGUAUAAGUAGACAAAGAAAUAGGUAUGUGAAGGUUUGAUCAAUAUAUGCAGGGAUAGAAAGACACACUAACUUUGUAGCUGAAUGUAUAGGUGAAAUUAAGAAGUAGGAGAGAGAGAAUGUAGGUUAGGCUAGGUUGGGUUGGAUUAAGUAAGAAUAGGUUGCAGUGUUUAUUAGGUUAAGUUUGGUAAGGUUGGGUUGGAUUAGGUUGUAUUGGGUGUGGUUAAAUUUUGGUUGCAAUUGAGAUGCGUGUUGGUGAGCUUGCCUCUAAUCUGAUAAUCCUGCAUGGUGCUUCUUGUGUUUGCUGGCUCUGCUGUGCCUUGCUGUGAUUUGCUGUGCUGUGCCUGGCUGUGUUUGGCCUGGCUCUGUUGGUUAUGCUGCAUUGCAAACUUUUUUGUUCUUUUUUUAAGAUGUGAUUUCUAUUUUUCUCUGAUUUCAGUUUAACCUUUACUUUUAUGUAAUACAUAUGUAUGAAUUUUCUUGUUGAUUUCAAAUUGCACAUUCUCUCUCUCUCUCUCUCUCUCUC